GGAUGUCUGAUUCAAAUGUUCUACGAUUUCUCCUUCUCUGUGGAAAACUUAAACGAACUGUUCGAGCUGGUUGGACACGUUACAACAUAAACUCACCUGAAAGUGUUUCUGAUCAUAUGUACCGGAUGGCAUUGAUGGCUACCGUAAUCCCAACAAAUGAACGUGGAAAUUUAAACACAGAUCGAUUAUUAAAAAUGGCAAUUGUACAUGAUUUAGCUGAAUGUAUCGUGGGAGAUAUUACACCACAUUGUGGAGUAUCGAAAGAAGAAAAACUGUCCAGAGAAAAAGACGCUAUGAAACAAUUAUGUGAACUUAUUUCAGAAGAGAACAGUGCAGAAAUUAUGAGUUUAUGGAAGGAAUAUGUUGAUCAGCAAACACCAGAGGCUGUUAUUUGUAAAGAUUUUGAUAAAUUUGAGAUGCUCUUGCAGGCUUAUGAAUAUGAACAUGAAACUCUUGAACCAGGAAAAUUAGAAUCAUUUUUCGAAAGUACUCUAGGUAAAUAAUAUUUUCACUAUUCUGAUUUUCUUUUUCCCUCAAAUGUGAUUAAUUUUUAAAGGAACAUUUAGCACAAGUUUGGGUCAAAAGUGGGUCAAAGAGCUGUGUUCAUUGCGGAAAAAUUUGUUUAUUCAGUGUGAAUCUAGUGAUAAAAGUGGCUAGUAUGUGCCUCAGUUUCUACGAGACUUUUGGAUAUUCCUCUUUUUCUAUGCAUUUAAAUACUUCUAUGUGACUUCACCGAUUAAAUUUUGACAAAUCAUGUAUAUUUCUUUUGAUUUUAGUAAGUCAUUUCUACUGACGUUUGUCGCCAUAUGUUAUGAAAAUCAAACAGUUUAUUAUCACCCGCUGAAUAACAUUACAGUAUUUUUAUGUUGUAUUUUGUGAAACUCAUCUUUAGAUUUGACUCAUUGUACAUUUUUAUUGUUUUUAUGGAUUAUAGACGGUUGAAGAUGUUGUGAUCCAAUCGUCGGUUUCCUUGUGGGUUAUUUAGUUGAAGAGAUACUCUUAGUAAAGCAUUGCCGUAUUACGCUCCGAGUCAGAUUUAUGCGGUACGAAAUCCGAUGGCGUAACUUAGAAAGGAACUACUAAUCACUUUGGUGGUUGUGACUGGAGAUUUCAGUACCAUAUUAUAAAUUUAUAUCCGUAUGAAUGAUAAUACAUGAAAACUAUUAUGUUUCUACCAAUUUGAUAAUCAUAUGAGAACUUCAGAUUAAGGUGCCGUCAUUGAUUUUCACUCCCUAUAAUCCAGGUGAUCCACAUACUUAUUAUAUGAACAUUUAAAGGUUCACUUGCUAUUUGUAGCUCACUGAACAAAUGGCAAUUAUACUACUAGUUCAGUCUCGGUUUUGGGCUUGAAUUAACAUUUGUUCACAGGAAACGCAGCGUUACCAAAUCUAACACGUCAGUAAAAGCACUGAUGAACUAUAAUGCUUUCUAUGUAGGUGUUUAGUAUUCAGUCGGGUCGAC